CACUUUUCAGCUCUUUGCAGAUGGCAGGGACGACAGGGGUACGGUUUGCGCGAGUCCGGCAGGCGGAAGGAGCUCCUUCGCCUUGGUCUUCAGCUGCACCUGCCGUCGUCAUUCAGACUCCAAUUGCGUUUGAAGCACGUGUGACGAGCUUCGCCCCUGUCCACUUGUCCUCCGUCGCUGGUCCGACGCUAGCCAUAGGCGAGAGGGAGGAGGCAAUUGAGAAUUCUUUCUCGUCCCUUCAAAAAUCUGCUGUUUGCUCUCUUCUUUUCCAAUUUCCCUAUUGACCUACUACUUCCCGAUACCAUCUUUCAACCUUUCUUCCUUCAAUUCCCCCAACUUUGAAGUUGGUGACCCUUCUGACUGUACACAACUUGCCAUCAUAAUACCAUCCUUUCACCAGACCGCCAAGAUGAUGUCCGCAAGACCUCUCGUUCGCUCGACGCUCCCCAGAGCUACCCGAGCUGUUCGCGCACCCCGCCAGCAGCUCCGUUUCCAGUCGACGACCACCUCGUCUUCAACAGGCGGAAGCAGCUCUCACUUCGGAGCCGGUGUUGCUGGUGGCCUUGCUGGUGCUGGUAUCUUCUACGCCCUCUACUCCUUCACACCCGCUGGUCGCGCUGCCUCAAAGGUCAACAAGGCUGCCAAGGAGGCCGAGAAGAAGUACACAGCCGCCGCCCAGAAGCUGCAAGAAAACACACCCUCUACCGAUGAAGCUAUCGACUACAUCAAGCAAUUCGCUUACUCCUACGUUGGCUGGAUCCCUGGUGGCCGCUCCUACGUCGACUCUGCUUUCAAUGACUUCGAGACCGUCCGCAAGAACCACAAGGAAGAGGCCGACAAGAUUGUUGAUGACGCUUACAAGCAGUUCCAAGAGGUCGCCAAGGCCGGCCUGAGCCUCGAGGCCGUCCACAAGGCGUACGAGGUCCUCGCAGACAUCACCCAGAAGCUCGCAAGCCUUGGAGGUGACGCCAUUGGAGACAUUCUCGACAACCACCCCCAAUUGAAGGAGAAGCUCGGAGGCAAUAUUGACCAGCUCAAGGACUUGGGAGACAAGUACGGCCCUGAGGCCAAGAAGCAGGUCGACGAGACAUGGAAGCAAGUCAAGGAUGUCUUGGCUGGCGGUCUCACUGCCAGCAACUUCGACAAGGUGCGCAAGCUCAUCGAGGAGAAGAUUCAGCAGGUUCAGAAGCUUGGUGAUGAGGCCUGGAAGAAGGCGCUCGAGGAGGCCAAGCCCUACCUUGACAAGAACCCCAAGGUUAAGGAGCUGAUUGAGAAGAAUGCCGACGCGCUCAAGAAGGGCAACGCCAAGGAGCUCUUCGAGAAGGCGAAGAAGGCUACCGAAUCCGGAGACCUCGGAGGCCUCGAGAGCUAUGUCACCGAUGCCGUCGACAAGGCCAAGUCAAAGGGCUCUCAAAUCGGCGAGAGCUUUGGUCUCGACCAGUACUUCAAGAUGAUCCCCGACGGAGACAAGAUCAUCCCCAAGCUGAAGCAGCUCCGCGAGGUCGCAGAUAAGCACAAAGAGGAGGGAGAAAAGCUCUUCAAGGAGACCAUUGAGGAGGUAAAGAAGGUCCUUGAGGCUAAGUCGAAGAAGGCGGAGGAGAUCGCCGAAAAGGCUAAGAAAGAUGCCAAAUAAGGGACUCUCCGGCGUUCCUGCAACUGAUACCCCCAUCAAGACGUCUCGGUGGACAAAGACUUGUACAAUAAUACUUCAAGAGCAUUUCCUGUGUAGCAAAAAGUCAACGGC